CCAAACCUUCCAGCACGCGCUGGAACCUUCCGCCCCUGCGCCCAGUAUAAAAACAAGCCCCCAACUCCUCUCGGCGCAGUUGCCUUGUUUUCCCAGGCGGGUGUGUGUUGCUUGUCAUUAAACAUGGCCUGACCCUCUCCCAGUCUCGUUCCCGAGUACACCCCUUUCAUCUGGUGCUGAACACCCGGGCCUGGCGCGUUGUGGCCCAGACCCCACUGCACUGAACCGCCUGUGGGAGAUUUUUAGAGGAUUUCGUCCCGCUGCCGUUUGAGGAAAUCACUAAACCGUGGCCAUGAUCACUUCCUCUUUUCUGACCUCUGCGGCAGUUUUUGCCUUCAUUACCCUGCAUGUCGGGGCUCUGGACACCUUCAGAGCUGCUGUGUACGAACAUGCUGUCAUCUUGCCAAAUGAAACCAGUGUGCCCGUUUCUCGGGAUGAUGCUGUGCGUCUCAUGAACAAGAAUAUAGAUAUUCUGGAGACUGCGAUUAAGCAGGCAGCUGAGCAGGGGGCUCACAUCAUUGUGACUUCAGAAGAUGCACUUUAUGGAUGGAAAUUUACUAGGGAAACUGUUUUUCCUUAUCUAGAGGAUAUCCCAGACCCUCAGGUGAACUGGGUUCCCUGUCAAAACCCCCACAGAUUUGGUCAUACGCCAGUACAAGUAAGACUCAGCUGCCUGGCCAGGAACAACUCUAUCUAUGUUGUGGCCAAUAUUGGGGACAAGAAGCCAUGUAAUUCCCGAAACUCCAUGUGCCCGUCUAAUGGCUACUACCAGUACAACACCAAUGUGGUGUACGAUGCCGAUGGGAAAUUGGUGGCACGUUACCACAAGUACCACCUCUACUCUGAGCCUCAGUUUGACGUACCUAAAGAACCGCAGUUGGUGACUUUCAACACCACCUUUGGAAAGUUCGGCAUUUUCACAUGUUUUGAUAUACUGUUCCACGAUCCUGCCAUCACUCUGGUGAAAGACUUCCAAGUGGAUACCAUACUGUUUCCCUCAGCUUGGAUGAAUGUUUUGCCCCUUUUGACAGCUAUUGAGUUCCAUUCGGCUUGGGCAAUGGGAAUGGGAGUUAAUCUCCUUGUGGCCAACACACAUCAUGUCAACCUAAAUAUGACAGGGAGUGGUAUCUAUGCCCCAGACUCUCCGAAAGUGUACCAUUACGACAUGAAAACAGACUCAGGAAAGAUCCUCCUUUCGGAGCUGGAUUCACACCCCCGAGUAUCUCCCACCUACCCCGUAGCCGUCAACUGGAGUGCCUAUGCCACCACCAUCAAACCAUUCCCACUACAGAAAACCACUUUUGGAGGAUUUAUUUCCCGGGAUGAGUUCAACUUCACACAACUUUUUGAAGAUGCAGGAAAUCUUACAGUCUGUCAAAAAGAGCUCUGCUGUCAUUUGAGCUACAGAAUGUUAGAAAAAGAAGAGACUGAAGUUUAUGUCCUAGGGGCCUUUACAGGAUUACAUGGCCGAAGGAGAAGAGAGUACUGGCAGGUAUGCACGAUGCUGAAGUGCAGAACUACUAAUCUGACCACCUGUGGUCGGCCAGUGGAAAUUGCUUCUACCAGAUUUGAAAUGUUCUCCCUCAGCGGGACAUUUGGGACAGCAUAUGUUUUUCCUGAAGUGCUACUUACUGAAAUUCAUCUGUCACCUGGAAAAUUUGAGGUGCUAAAAGAUGGGCGUUUGGUAAACAAGAAUGGAUCAUCUGGGCCUAUCCUAACAGUGUCACUGUUUGGGAGAUGGUAUGCAAUGGACACACUUUACAAAUCAUGUGGGACCAGCAAUUCAGCAAUAAUUUACCUGCUGAUAAUCACAUCAUUAAUGAUUGUAACCUUGUACAAUGUUGUGAUGGUAUAGCACAUCUCUUUAUCACAUUUAUUUUUUGUAUCAUAUAUUUUGCUAAAUGCAUUUAUCAGGCUUCUACAUUUACCAAAAAAUUUGGAAGGGCUAUAUUAGUAGUAUAGACCAAUGGUCUCUAAAUGUUUGGUUUUUUUCUUAUCAGGAUUAUUUUUAAGUAUUAUGGUAAUUUUGUCUGUUUUUUGGCAAUGCUGAAAUGUUGCAGUGAAGAUCAAGGGAAAGAGCAUGGGUGUUUGGGUCAAAUCCCAGCUCCAGCCUUAUUUGCUGUGAGAUCUUGUGUGUGUUAAGAGGGUGCAGCGUGAAGAAUUUCAGAGUCAUUGUAAAGACAGCUAUGCCAGUGAAGAAAAGAGUAAUGACGGGACUUCACAGAUUGAUGACUAAAUUUGCUUUGACAUUAUGGACAAUUUGAACUCAUCUAGUUUUUUGUGCUAAUUUGCUUUCCAAUCAGAAAGCAAUGUUGAAGUUGAUCUUCACUAUGUAGGCUGUUUGAAUAUGUUCUAGAAGAAAUGCCAACUAUUGGGCGAUGCCUGCAGCUCAAUGCAUAGGGCGCUGGCCCCAUAUACUGAGGGUGGCAUGUUUGAACCCAGCCCGAGCCAAACAGUAACAAAAAAAUAGCCAGGUGUUGAUUCUCUUGCCUCAGCCUCCCUAGUAGCUUGGACUACAGGCUCUUGCCACAACACCAGGCUAUUUGUUUGUUUGUUUGUUUAGCAGGCUUGGGCAAGCUUCGAAUCCACCAGCCCGGGAGCAUGUGGCUGGUGCCCUAACCACUGACCUAUGGGCGCCCAGCUAGUACUCCUUUCACUUUUCAUAAAAUAUGGAACAUUUCAGGUUUGCCAGGUUUUAUUUGAGGCAGUUAGAUGGCGUGCAGUGUUUUUUCUGUGUAUAUCAUGACUCUUGGACCAUCAUGUUGCCCUUCCAAAAGUUGAAAUGUUGACUAGAAAUCAGCUGCUGACCUUUGGUUUGAGGAAGAUACUAGCAAGGAGUGCCUCACAGGUUCUAAGGACAGUUUGUCGUCCUCUCAUUCAGGCUUCCAGCUGUCAGUUGUGCUGAUUCAUAAAAAACAAAAACAAACAAGCUCAAAAUCCCAAGGAAAGUAGAGAGUCUUUAAACUCAAUUGUAAAAUUCCUUGCCCCACAUCUUAACCCUUGUUUCCUCAGUGUUUUCACAUACACAUUUUAUCAAACAACCCAAACACAGUUUCAUUUGGCCUUAACUUAGGAAGUGGCUCUUUAGUUUCUAAAGAGUCUAAUAAUGUCAGAGUCCCAUUUGAUAACUGUCUUUUGUCUCACUUUAAAUUUCAUGUUAGUUCUUGAAUCCCUUACAGUUCUGGGAGUAGUGAACAGGGCUCUGGUUUUCUCCCAUUUGGCUUUUACUUGACUGUUUUCCUGAAAUUCUCUUUUACAACUUAACUUUCCUACCCCCUAAAGCACCCUCCCCAUCUUCUACCACCUGGUGACAUGGCCCCAGCCACACGAUCUAUGAUCCAUUCCCUUAAGUUUUGUGACAUGAUCAUAGCCUACUCUGCAGUUCCCACCACCUCUACUUUCUACUUUUUUUUUUUUUUUGGUAGAGACAGAGUCACUUUAUGGCCCUCGGUAGAGUGCCGUGGCCUCACCCAGCUCACAGCAACCUCCAACUCCUGGGCUUAGGCGAUUCUCUUGCCUCAGCCUCCCGAGUAGCUGGGACUACAGGUGCCUGCCACAACACCUGGCUAUUUCUUUCUGUUGCAGUUUGGCCGGGGCCGGGUUUGAACCCGCCACCCUUGGUAUAUGGGGCCAGCGCCCUACUCACUGAGCCACAGGCGCCGCCUUCUACUUUCUACUUUUAUCUUUCUUUGCAUUUUGACUUAUUCUCAUGGUGUCAGCAUAUCCCUCUACACGGGUGUUUUUCAGUGGCUUUCCUUCUGUUUUGACCUCUUUCCUAAAUUCUUUUCACAUUCCUGAUUCUGUUCUCACCAUCUUUUCUAGAUACUCCAUAGACAGCCAUGCUAUAAAACAAAUAUGAGGUUGGAUGCCUGCUUAGGUAAAUAUGAUCGCACACAUACAUACAAACACACUCAGCCACACACAGUGAAAGCAUUCCUGAAAAGACAUUUGCAGGAAGAGGGUUUCUUGAUUAUGCUGUUGGGACGGAAAGUACUUGGAAUGGGAAAGAAGAUAGUUCAGCAAUUUCUCAGAAAAUUUCUAGACCGCCUGAAGAUACGCCAGAGGAGAAAAGUAAUAGGGAUGAACAGCAGUUUCAAUUUACCUGUCCUCAAGAAUCCUGUGAUAUCUUAUUUUACUUACUUACUUAUUUUACUGAACAACCCUGGUGACAGCUUUGAUCAGCUAUAAGCCCUGCUCCCUUGUUCCUUUGUGCACUUCUGCAUUUCAGAAAUUAAUUUUUUUUUUGAGACAGAGUCUUAGUUGGUCACUCUCAGUAGAGAGCAGUGGUGUCUCAGCUCACAGCAACCUCAAACUCUUGCGUUCAAGUGAUCCACUUGCCUCAGCCUCCCAAGUAGCUGGGACCACAGAUGCCUGCCACAAAGCCUGGCUAUUUUUUUUUUUUUUUUUUUUAUGGUCAUGACUUUAUUUCACCUUGGAGAGAAAGUGCUCAUUAUACCCUUUCCCUUCAUUCACGGUAAAGGUCAGCCUCCGUCGCAACUGCAAAUAGUGGAGUCCUUAAUAACAUCGGCUUAGUCCUAAGCUGCUGGACUUGAAUUCUAGAUCUACUAUGUUUUGGGCAAGUUACUUGACCUCUUUUGCCUCAGUCUGACCAGUGGUAAAAUGGGGCUUCACGUAGUACUUGUCUGAUGGAAUGGUUGUUGAAGACUAAACAAAUAUAUUUAUGUCAAGUGCUAAGAAAAGGACCUGACCUACAGAGAGCCUUUCAUGUUAAUGGUUGCUAGUCAUGCCCUGUAUCCCAGCCAUUCUAUUCCAGUUAUUAAUAUAUUUAUUCUUCCCUUUCUUCUUUCCACAUCAUAAGUUCUGAACUUCUUGGGCCUGUUUUCUCUUUGUACUUGACUUAUGAAACUCCAGCACUUGCCCUUGAAAACCACAGGCCAUCCAAGCAGCUAGUGAAGAAAUCUCAGCCAGAGGAGGAGAAAGGUGUUCUCUUUUCCCUUGGGCUGAAGAAGGGCAGAAACCACACUGUGGUAUAAAGCUGCCAUCUCUGUUCUUUCAAACAAAGGAGUUGUGCAAGAUAGCUGAGCUGAGGCUGGGCGUGGUGGCUCACAACUGUAUCCUAGCACUCUGGGAGGCCAAGGCAGGUAGAUAGCUUGAGUUCACUGGUUUCAGACCAUCCUGAGCUAAAAGCAAGACCCCAUCUCUACUAAAAAAAAUAGAAAAACUGAGGCAAGAGGCUCGCUUGAGCCCAAGAGUUCGAGGUUGCUGUGAGCUAUGAUGCCAUGGCACUCUACCCUAGGGCAAUGGCUUGAGACUCUGUUUAUGGGGACACAGUCUGGUCUUUGGAUUCACUGGGCUGGAAACUCCAUCUUGACAGCAACCUUCUUGGCAGCCCCACGGAAACUUCUGCUCUAUUUUUUUUUUAGAGACGAGCUCUCUGGCUCAGGCUGAUCUCGAACCCAGGAGGCAAUCCACCCGCCUCGGCCUCCCAGAGUGCUAAUAUUACAGAUGUAAGCCACAUGACCAGCUUCAGAAAUUAAUUUUAAUCAAUACUAUUUCUAUUGUUUAUUUCUACUGAACUCUUGAAUUUCAGUCCAUUAGCUAGACACUCAGGACUUCUUAUCCUAAGGCCACAUUACCUUAUUUUUAAGUCUUUGAUGUUAAAAAUAAUGAAUAGAUAAUGAAAACAUUUUAGGAGAUUACCAGUUACAAAACUCUCAUUAUUUGAAGCAUAGUCUCUGACAGAGUCAUCAACAUUAUUUUUACCCUUUCUGCACAAAGGAAAGAGGCAAAAAGGAGGAUAAUACUCUUGCUCAUGAUAAUGAAAAACAGUAACUUGUAUGACCUCUAGAAUUGACAUACAAAUUUUGAGUAUAGUUUCCGAUGAUGUGUAAUGAGCCAAAAGUCUUUAUUAAUCAAAAGUAGACAUAAAAGACAUGUAGAAUAUUACAAAUCUGGAAGGCUAGAGAGGAGGUUUUCAUAGACAGCUUUAUGAGGGCACUCACAAGGUUGCCAAUUGUAGAACAGGAGUUUACCAUAAUGGUUUGGCAUUUUACCUUCUUUCCUUUUCUUACCUCUCCAUUUUAGGUAGCUUUGUUAUUUGGCUUUUUGUCACAGUUUCCACUGCAUUUAACCUGUCCUCUUACCUAUAAUUAUGAGGUCAACUACAGGAACUAUAGGUGUACAGAUAAAGUUCCAUCUGCUAGAACUGAAUCAGAAAAGGUCAAGUUACAGAAAUCUAAGACUUAAAUGAAUAAAAAUAUAGGAAAUGAUAGAUUUGGGAAAAAAGAAUGUAAAGCCUGAAGUAUUUCAUUUUCUAUAAGACAUUGCAUUCAUUGUAAGUUCUCGAACCCCUCAUGGCAUUGAUACAAGUCACCUCAUUUUACAACCAAGGACAUGACAUUCAGGGAUUUGGAUAAGCUCCCCAAGGUUGCUACAAAUAUUAAGUAGAGAACUAUCCCAGCUUAACUGGCCUAAACAAUGGCCUUACUGUAGAUAAUGCAGACAAAUGGAGAACUUUUGUGGAAACUUGUAUACUUCACUGUUACAAACAUCAUCACAUUUAAUAUAUUCACCACCAAACUGAGGUUUGACAGAAAACCUGUUUACUAUCUUUGAUGUAUUUCUAACGUACAGCUUAUUGUUGUCUAAUGUAACACCUUCAGAACAAAGGUGCUAAAUAGACUGAAAAAACUAAAGAGCAGAAUGGAAAAGGCAAUUCUCAGAAUGGAUGCUGGUUCUGUAUUUGGAACAUGAUGGUUCUAUAGAUGUUAUUAGAGGAAACGAAAAUCUUUCAUUGUCCAAAUCACGUCUUUAAUCCGACCAUAUGUGAAUUCAAAUUUAUAUGUCUUAGUAAUACGUAGAACAUUAUUAGUGAAUUAAGUGAGAGCAUUGUCGUUUGGAGGUCACAUAUAAGCAAUUGUUUAUAAUCACUCCUGCUGGGAGAUUUCUAAUACAAGUGUACUCUUGAGCAUAUAAAAAUAGAAGGGAGGUGUGUAGUUGGAGGACAGACAUGUUCCUUACUCUCAAGACCUAUCUCAUGCCUUGUGUUUAGAACUCAUUGGUUGGUUAAACAUCUCAUUGAUUUGGAAGGAAUCCAGAUUUAUUGGAAUGGAUGGUAAAGUGAUAGUAUAAGAAGUUAAAUAUAAUAAUAAAAAGUCUGAAAAGGAAAGAGAAAAGUAUACGUGGAAUAGAUGUCAGGGACCCCAAAGAUAUUUAGAAAUACAAGUUGUACUGCCUUCGUUGCAUUGAUUCUCUUGGAAAAAGAAGGCCCAAAUGAUUAAGGGAGUCAGAGAUAAUAUUCACAAAUUUUAUAGCUUCCUGUGGAGAAUGUUCGUUUUUCUCCCCACCAGGAUUCCUUCUCCCUUCCUUGUUAAAGGAAACUGAGCAUGUGCAGUUGGGUUGGGAUCAUGGCUGUCGCCUUCAGGGUGUGUAGUACAUUGCCCAGGCCUAACCCAUCUCAGACCAGCCCCGCUGGGCCCAGAGAUUCAUACAGGGCUGCACACACAUCUGAAGUCAGGCCAGUGAGAAUACUCCCCAGGACUUUUGAUUUAAUGACUGGAAAAGAAGUAUCCUCUUCUGUGAUCAGAAGCGCAAGAAAUAUGCAAAUCUGGAGCCCCCAGGAGCCAUCUUUACUGCAAAUUGAUAAGAGUCGGUGUCCAAAGAUGAGAAGAAAAGGACAGCUGAUCCAGGGAGCUCCAAAAACAUCAUUCAAGCACCCGAAUCCAGCCAGCUGGAAUCCAGUCUAGCAUCUCCACUGGACUCUUCCUGUUAUAUGAGCCCAGGAGUGUCAUUUUUUUUUCUCAAGCUCUUUUGAGUUAGAAUAUGAUUAUCUGGACAGAUGCACUUCCUCAUUUUUGUUACCUAAUUCUGCACAGUGAAUUGCACAAACCCUCUAGAUGAAAGGUCCUGUGUGGUUUCCUUUGGGUGGUGGUGGCAAUGGUGGUACUUUGAAGGUUUGCUACUACUCUUCUGCCAAUCUUCGGCAUAACAACCUCAAAUAACCUCCAUGGAAGACAAUGCAUGGCUUUGGUCAUGUGCAGGAGAAGAGAGGAGGGAAGCCACACUGGAUUUAAAGAAAGCCUGCUUGGGGCUUAGAUAUUUCAAAGCCUGAGGGAGUUUCCUUGUGCAACAUUCACUCAUUAAACAACAAAUGAGUAUUCUGAAUUAUUUAAAAAUUUUCCCCUGUGAUGUUUCUGACACACAAAACUGUAUAAAGGAUUACACAACAGUCACCAGGGGCCGCAGCCCAGCAUGUGCAAUAAGGUGUUAUCAGUGCAGUAGAAGCUUCUGUGAUCCCUCCUGUCACAUAAUCCUCCCUUCUUCAUCCUCUACCCCUGAGGAAAUCACUAAGAUCUUUGAAGAUUGGUCCCGUGA